GCUAGUCUGCGUGCGUGAGUGGGAGGUGGCAGGCCCCAGACUUAGGCCUUCUGUACUGACUGUUCCAGCGCGACGCCUUAAGUCAUGAGCCGGUUUGGUACCCGGUUGGUGGGAGCCACGGCGGCUCUAGCGCCGCCGCCGAAAACCCACAGCAAUGAAAACCUCGACAAAAUCGAUAUGUCUUUGGAUGAUAUAAUCAAAUUGAAUCGAAAGGAAGGAAAAAAGCAGAAUUUUCCAAGACUAAAUAGAAGACUCCAACAAAGUGGUACCCGGCAAUUCAGGAUGAGAAUACGAUGGGGAAUCCAACAGAAUUCUGGUUUUGGUAAGAAUAGUCUGAGCCGUAGAGGAAGAGUCAUGCCUGGAAAGAGACGUCCUUAUGGGAUUAUCACUGGUCUUGCAGCUAAGAAAGCAACUGGAAUUCGAAAAGGAAUUAGUCCUAUGAAUAGACCGCCUCUAAGUGACAAGAAUAUAGAGCGAUAUUUUCCAGUGUUAAAAAGGAAGACAAACCUUCUGAGACAAAAUGAAGUGCAGAGGAAACCAGUUGCUGUUCUCAAGAGACCUAACCAGUUAAACAGAAAAAAUAACAUUCCAGCCAAUUUUACUAGAAGUGGAAAUAAAUUAAGCCAUCAGAAAGACACUCGUCAGGCAACUUUUCUUUUCAGAAGAGGCCUGAAGGUUCAGGCCCAGUUGAACACAGAACAACUGCUAGAUGAUGUAGUAGCAAAGAGAACUCGUCAAUGGCGGACUUCCACCACAAAUGGAGGAAUUUUAACUGUAUCCAUUGACAAUCCUGGAGCAGUGCAGUGCCCAGUAACUCAGAAACCACGAUUAACUCGUACUGCUGUACCCUCAUUCUUGGCAAAGCGAGAGCAAUCGGAUAUAAAGAAAGUUCCUAAAGGUGUACCCCUACAAUUUGACAUAAAUAGUGUUGGAAAACAGACAGGGAUGACUUUGAAUGAGCGAUUUGGGAUCCUGAAGGAACAAAGAGCCACUCUCACAUUCAACAAAGGAGGAAGCCGCUUUGUAACCGUGGGAUAGAUCCCAUGGCAAAGGGACUUCUGAGUGACGACUAUUUGAAAAGUUGAAUUGCUUAAAGAGUUUGUCAUAAAAAUUCAAGAAACUUUAUUGCAAAAUAUUCACAAGGCUAAAUAACUCUUUAUUUUUAUUUUUGAAGUUUUUUUUAAAUGUGUAUAAAAUAAUGCCCUGAAAGAAUAACAGGGUAUAUAUACCUAUCUAUUCUUAAAAUUUUCAUGGUUGGCUCCGCAGAACAAUCCUCUAUUUGACUCCUUUAGUUUCUCAUGCAGCAGAAGAAAGACAAAGAUAGAAAUCGAUUAUUUUUAUGAUACUGGUAUUUAGUAUCU